AUUCUUAUUUUUCGCAAGACGUAUGUAAAUCCAUUAUCUUUUUUUUCUUCUUGAGAAAGAAGAUGUUAAGUACAGUUGUUGAGAACGAAACCUGCAGUUACAGAUUUAAAACUUUGUUUAAAUUGCGCUUUCUACACUGCGUUUCUCUCUUCUCUUUCUAUUACCGUUAUUCAGACAUAGAUCUGUUUCGCUCUAGCUACAGGAGGUGCAAAGCUGGGACAAUCGGUUUUUUUUUUUUUUUUAGCACGACACGCGCACGUGUGCUCCGUUCACGCGUUAAUUCUGUUCCAGGGCGGGCGCGGCGGCUUCUCUCGAGUCGCAUGGAAACGAGAGAAUAUUCUAGUGGUGUUCCGACUGCUGUUGGUAGGCUCGAAAAAAUCGAUAAGGGAGACGCGCGAGCCGACAAAGGCGCACGCGUCGAGCGUUACUGAUGCGUGUCAGCUGUCCCGGUCGUAAGUGGAAACGAAAAGUACAGGUGUUCCUCCGCACCGCGUUUCGUGGUCUUCCAAUGUAGAGCUACGAUCGAGUGACAUAUUAAAUGGCUUGCGACAACUGUACGAAGGUGUAUCUGGGAUACGAGGACGAGUACGUUGCCGACAAGCACCGGUCCCUGCUCAACUUCACGACGAACAAGAUCGGCGGGCAUCCAAACUGUUAUGGGAAGAAUACAUUAUCGUCACCACAAUGCAGACUCUGUGGCUUGUAUCAGCUCUUGGCGCUGCAACUGUACGCACCGUUAGAUAACUCAAAGUACCAUCGGACGCUAUACAUAUUCGCGUGUAUCAACUCGAAUUGCUGGAAUCAAAACGAGAGCUGGACAUGCUUGAGAAUACAGCAUCUGGAGGAUGAGGCCAAGACGACUACGCCGGACUCUGGGAGCGUCAACGUGCCAUCCACGACGGCUUGGUUGGCGGACGCGGACGACUGGGGGGACAAUGUAAAUGACAAUGCAUCGGAACAGAAUGGGAAUAAUAUGUUAGAGAAUGAUCCGUUACAGUUUCACUUUUCCCUGCAUAAAGAAAUAGACCAGGAUAUACGGGAGGAGUUGUCCGUCCUGCGCGUGGAUGAUCCGAAUGCAAAUAGGUUUGUUCCAGCCAGCGUGGACUCGCCGAUCAGCGGUGGUGCCGUGGGUCGUUUAGAUUCCCCUCAAGCCUCGGCAGAGAUCGACGGGGACGAGAGCGAGGUCGUGUGCAUCGACACUCCCACGCGACCGCAAUGUGAUCUAGUUAGUUUACUGCACGAGGUAACGCCGUUGCAAAUCACGAACGCGGAGGCCAAGUACUCGUUCGUCGAAAUAUUUCUCUCGGUCGACGAGGAGGACUGCAGCAUGGACGUGUCGCAGCACGUUCGAGACCUGUUGGUCGAGUACCAGCACAGCAAUCCGGACCCGUCGACCAAGUUCACGCCAGAUUCUGGCAAUCCUAAGACCAUCGAAACGGACGUGGAAAAGUAUGAGAAAAGCAUUCCUAAGCACGGCGACGAGAUGUUCCACAACUUCCUUUGCAGAAUACAGAGGAAUCCUGGACAGCUGUUACGCUAUUCGAGGGACAAUUCUGCACCGUUACUGUUAUAUCCGCUGAGCGGUUGUAUCGGCAAAUGUCGGCAUUGCGGCGACGAGAUGACUUUUGAGCUGCAGGUUUUGCCGACGAUCAUACCGAAAUUAAUACUGAAUCCACGAGGCGAGCGGAGUUUCCAGAUCGAGUUCGGCACUGUUUUAAUAUACACUUGCGUUAGAAGCUGUUGGUCCGCGACCGAUUCGUAUCGGGAAGAGCAUGUCGUUGUUCAAGCUGAAAGACUAUAGUUGUAAAGAAAAGAAAUAUUAAUAAGAAAAGUUACGAGUGAAGCCAAGGUUCUUCCAGUGAUCCUAUAUAGAAUUUCAUAUUUACGCGUCUAGGACGACUAGUCAUGUUACUUCUGUAGAAAAAUACCGUCCACCUCUUCAUGUACACAUCAAAAAGUCCUAUGUAGCGAGCGAUGGUUGAUAAUAGUAAAGGCGUUACAAAAACGUUAUCUCGAGCUACAUUAAGCGACAUGUGAUUCGCAAUUGAAAAAAAAAAAAAGAUUUUAGGAAUAUCUUUUAGAAGAGAAUCCGAGUAAGAGCAUUUAUUUUACUUUUCAUCUCGAUCUUAGUAUAUAAGUACAGUGUAAAAUACAACUGUACAAUUGCUACUAAUACGUAUAAAUACAGAAACCUCGGUGGAAAA